AUGGCUACACCAGGAAACUCCAACCACCGUGCCUGGUGGAAAGAGAGCUCCGUAUACCAGAUCUGGCCUGCAUCCUUCAAGGAUUCAAAUGAUGAUGGUAUCGGUGAUAUCCCCGGUAUCAUUUCCAAGCUGGACUACAUCAAGAACCUCGCCGUGGAUAUCGUCUGGCUAUGUCCAUCGUAUAAAUCCCCGCAGGUGGACAUGGGCUAUGAUAUCUCCGACUACUACAGCAUUGCCGAUGAGUACGGUACAGUUGAAGAUGUUGAAAAAUUGAUUUCCGGAUGCCAUGAGCGGGGUCUGAAGCUCCUCAUGGAUCUGGUCGUCAACCACACCAGCGAUCAGCAUGAAUGGUUCAAGCAGGCGCGCAGCUCCAAGGAUAACGAGUACCGUAACUGGUACAUCUGGAAGCCGGCUAAGUACGACGAACAAGGCAACCGCCAGCCUCCCAACAACUGGGUCUCUCAUUUCCAGGGCAGCGCCUGGCAAUGGGACGAGCAGACCCAAGAAUACUACCUGCACCUGUACGCAGUCGAGCAGCCCGAUCUCAACUGGGAACACCCGCCUGUCCGCAAAGCCGUGCACGAUAUCAUGCGGUUCUGGCUCGACAAGGGCUGCGACGGGUUCCGCAUGGACGUGAUCAACUUCAUUAGCAAGGACCAGAGAUUCCCCGACGGACCCAUCAAGGACCCGCGGACACCCUGGCAGUGGGGCGACAAGUGGUAUGCCAACGGCCCGCGCUUGCACGAGUACCUCCAGGAUCUGGGCAAGAUUCUCCAGGAGUACGAUGCCUUCAGCGUGGGUGAGAUGCCGUUCGUCACCGACGAGAAGGAAGUGCUGCGUGCGGUGCAAUUCGACCGCCAUGAGAUCAAUAUGAUCUUCAAUUUCGAACAUGUUGACCUGGACCAUGGCAAGCUUGAUAAGUUUGAACCUGGCAGCUGGCAACUCACUGACUUGAAGGACUUCUUUGAGCGGUGGCAGACCUUUAUGUAUGCCAAUGAUGGCUGGAAUGCGCUCUACUGGGAGAAUCAUGACCAGCCACGCUCUAUUGACCGCUUCGCGCAUGCGAGUGAGGAGUAUCGACUGGUCGCGUCGAAGAUGCUGGCUACUGCGCUGGCAUUGCAGGCUGGUACUCCGUUUGUUUACCAGGGACAGGAAAUAGGAACCCGAAAUGUGCCCAAGGAAUGGGGUAUUGAAGAAUACAAAGACAUUGAUUGUCUGAACCACUGGAAAAGAAUACCCAAGGACGACCUUGCUGCCCAAGCAAUUGCCCUGCAAGAAUAUCAGAAGAAGUCUCGCGACAACGGACGCACCCCGGUCCAGUGGUCCGCUGCUGAGAAUGCCGGCUUCACCGGACCUGGCGUCAAGCCCUGGAUGUCUAUCAACACCGAUUAUGUGCGGGUCAAUGCCGAGGCGGAAAUCAAGGACCCCAACUCAACAUACCAUUACUGGGCGACUGUGCUGAAGCUGCGCAAGAAGUACCUUGAUAUCUUUGUGUAUGGCGAUUUCACACUUCUGGACAAGCCAAGCCAGGAGGUCUUUGCGUACACUCGCCAGUAUGGCGAUCAAAAAGCCUUGGUUGUGUGCCACUGGACAGACAAGACUCUAGAGUGGGAUGCGGCGAGCAACGGUAUCACCAGCGUGAAGGAGGUCUUGCUCAAUACUUAUGAAGGUGUUGAGGAGGCUUCCAAGCGAUUCUCCGGUGAGAAGUGGACACUUCGGCCCUUUGAGGCUGUUGUAUUGCUCGUUUGA